CAGAUGACGGUUCUCGUGUUUUGGCAGGCAACUUCUACACCAAACGUUCAGAACUGUCAGUGACAACGGCAGGGGUGCUAGCUUUAUAAAAGGCGUCGAUGACAGUUUUCGCUGUGACACGGUUUCAGAUCCUGCUGAAGGGAAAGCUGCGUUACAAUGACACUUUCAAUGGCCAUCAUAUUCUUCAUUGUAGUUAUGGGUGUGCUGAUGGUGCUUUCGGUCGUGAUGAACAUUUUGGUUCUGGUUGUGUUCGGCAAGCAGAAGUCCUUACGCAAUGCUACAAAUGCUUUCAUUUGCAACAUAGCAGUCAGUGAUGUGCUCUUCGCUGGAGUGGUACUUCCGCAGAACGUCCACGAUCUCACCCACACGCACGGCUAUUUUGAAGAUGCUUUCCUGUGCAAGGUUGUCAACGCAUUGCCUCUGGUCUGCAUUAUGACGUCCAUCUACAGCAUGGUGGCCGUCUCAUGGGAGCGGCGACGCGCCAUUAUUCGUAUGGAUCUUCCUCAAAUGCCUUACUUCACCGCCAUCAAGCUCUCGCUGCUCUUCUGGUUGCUUGCAAUUGUUCUCUCCAUCCCUACUUUCAUAGAGUACAAAAAGACCACGGUUUGGGAAGGCAACCAAAGUUAUGGCGUGUGCGGCAGGGACAGAAACAUUACCAGAGAAUAUGCCAUCGCGAAUGGCUUUUUUCUCUUGUUUAUUGCCUAUGUGAUCCCGUCCGUCGUGAUUCUGACGAACUAUGUGAUGUUAGCUAUGUUUUUAUGGAAGAAAAGUCAUCAAGUGGUGCCACAGUUGCAACUGGAAGGAGAGACCGGGGCGUCGAGAACGCAGGGGAAUUUGGCGGUAUCUAAGAUAAAAGUCAGGAUCGUGAAGAUGUUGAUCUUGGUCGCCGCCAUCUUUGUGACGUUGUGGUUACCGUAUUUCGUUUUGUUGAUAAUUGGGAAAUUGACAGACGCAGACGAGAGCGACAACCUAGGUGGCGCUGUUAACAUGGUCCGCAUCACCUUGAGCGUCUUCAGCGUCUGCUAUAACGUUGUUCUCUACCUCUUCUUCAACACACAAUUCCGCAAUGGUUUGAUGAAGAUCCUGUGUUGCUGCAAGCGCAAUGGCAAUCCGCACAGCGAGUCCCUUUACUCAAUACCUCUAGGGGACCAGAACCAAUGGAGCAUGGUGCACCAGCCGGGCAGAGAUUGCAACCCUGCAAUAAGGGCUGGCACAGACUGUUUGCUCCCCAGUGCCGCCUGUAUUGACAAACACGUAAGCUUUGCGAGCAUAAAUAGAGAACUAGUUCCCAGAGAACCUUGUAUUAUAUCAUGUUAAAUUUUAAUAGACUCGCCAUUGUGAUAGCCUUGAAAUACGUUUCACACUUUGUUUUAUUUAAAGAAGGAACGAGAGAACUUGUUUUUGUAACAGUUUGAACAUGAUAUCGUGUUCCUCUUUCUGAGGUGGUAAAACCCUUGAUGUCCUUCGGGGAUAAGUAUUACUUAGUAUUUUCUCAGCAGAACGUUUAAGUGCAGCACUAUUCUAGGUGCAAACGUGGACUACCAACCACAGCAGCACAAAGACUACUUAUACACGCAACAAAGAUAAUAGACAGUCUUAGCUAGCCAUCUAUAUGUGCGUGAGGCGUUUUCUGAGAUGACAGUCUUAGCUCGAAACAUGGGGUUGAGCUUAAGUGCUUGAAGGCCUAUUACUUAAAAACGAGAUACUCUAAGAACGCAGCAUAGAAAUUAAUGCCAAACAAAGGUGACACUUGGUCGUGGACUCAGGGUCUCACCAACAUAUGCAAGUGUUGCCGUUUUGAUUCAAAAUGAUUCAAAAACGAUAAACUACCAACAUGUCUUAGAAUAUGUCUAUCGUGCUCGAUCAAGUUUAGGCCGACAAGUCGAUUUAAGAUUUACUAGCAUGGGAGUGUAACUGGGAUUUAGUGAGUCUAUCUUGUCGCAAGUGUUAUUGCAACUGGAUUAGACAUAGUGCACAAGUGACUGGGGGAAAUGAACCGUAAUUGUACGUAUUUAAGCAUUACGGUUACAGCAUUCAUAGUGACAGCGAUAUUUCUGUUAAUAUCAAUGACUCCCUUCAGACGUAACUGCUAUAUCGUCACCUUAAUUUGCAUUUUCCCAAGAGGCCGUAUUCCUAAUUUUUAAAAUGAUGAACAAGAAAAAUGCAUAGAUUAUUGCCACGAAAUAUUUGGUUACAAGAAAGUGGAUCGCCUUUUCACGUUAGCAAUCAGUAUAUUGUCCUUUGUCAAUCUUUGCUAAUCCUUUUAAUUCAUUCAAAGGGUUGUUAUUAGGAUCCAAACGAGUUUCAGGGUGGUGGUUUUGAUCCCUUUCCAGUGGCCAAAUCAAAUUUUCAUUCUUUAGCCUCACUCCGAGCCAGUUACAGUCUUUAGUCGACCAUAUGUCUGUACAUUUGAGUGCCUUGACUGCCUGUUUUGUUAGAAAGGCCCAUCAACGGUUUUGUAAUUUGUGUUAUGUACGUUGUAUAAAAAAAGCAAUUUUAGCUUCCUUCGGAUUUGCUCAAUUAUAAAUUAUUUAAUAAUUAUUAUAAAGGAAUCACUAUUUGAAAAGGUGAUAAUGUUUGAAGUUACUAGAUGCAGCUUCAUCAGCAGAGCGCUAUUUCAAUUGGUCUUUGUUUUCUUGCCAUAAACUGGUAACAAUUAAAAUGAUUUUUAAAAAAUAGAUCUGGAGACUAUACCGGAGGUUGCUAAGCCACAAUGAACCUCAUACACUUCACAUAUUAUGACAGAUUUGCCUACGUACAAACGCCCACAAACGAUCCAUUCUAUUGCUAUUUCUAAGUCGAUUCGCUGCGUUUUACUGAUUAAGCGUACUAUUGUGGAAGAGAUCCACUGGGUAUCAUACAAUAAAUGUGCGCUCGUAAAAUUAUUGAUCACACUCACGCCUAACUUAAAUGAACAUGAUAUAAAUUGUGAUCACUGAUUUUUACAAAGCAGUACAACAGGAGGGAAGUCAAGGAACACCUGCCCCGCCCCCAUCCCACCCUACCCUCUCAAAUAAAGAAGGUUUUAAGCAAUAUAAAACCUGAUCGAUAUCACUGUAAGGGACAAAUGAAAUGUGCAAUUAUUUAUUCUCUGUGUGGUGCUUUAGAUACCCCUCCCUGAUUGCCAUUAGAAGUAUAAGUAAGUUCGUAUUCUAGUUAGAGUUUCAGACAACACUCCUUGCAUAGGCUUUAAUCUAUUAAUUCAUCACAUUAAAAGUAUCUCACUUUAUGCAAACAGAAGAGAAUUAAACCACUCUGGAAUGUCUGCAAAAAGUAUGUGAAAAAGCAAAAAAAAAAAAAAAAA